AUGGAAUCCUCCAACUCUGAAAACCCACCAGCAACCAAACCUUCCUCAGAUGCUCAAGUGCUCUCGCAUGUUCAAACCGUUCUCACCAACUACCUCACCUCCUCGCCGAUCUACCAACUCCUCCUGUCUUCGGUCAUCCUGACUGCCGCGACCACCGGGCUCCAGUCCGUCCUCUGUUUAAUCCUUGGGCCCCCUUUCAUUGCCGUCCUAACAGUCCUGCACGGUUCUUUGUCUGCAACCAUCAUCGAUCUAGUGGGCGGCCUUGUCGUGGCCUCAGCGGGCAGCGCCAAAACGGGCGUGUCUACCGACAUGCAUAUCUCUUUCGUCGGGACCGCGCGGGAAGGAGACACUCUGUUUAUUGAGGGGAGCGCAGAACGGGUGGGCUCUACCCUCGCAUUUGCCAGAGUGACCAUAGAGAAGGAGGACGAGGCUGGUGGUCGAGCGGUCGUUGCAGCGGGCAGCCAUACGAAGUAUGUUAAAUAA